AUGCCAUCGCGUCGCGCCCAUAGUAAAUCCCGACAUGGCUGUCUGCAAUGCAAGCAGCGACGAGUGAAAUGCGAUGAGCAUCAACCAAUUUGCUUGCGAUGCAAAGCCAAAGAUCUACCCUGUAGUUAUCAAGCAAUGUCCACAGCCUCUUCCUCCACGCCUCCCGGUACAGGAACAGCGAGCACAGCCGCGACCUCGCCGGAGACGACCAUCCCAACCCAGCCACCACUCCCCUGCCAGGCUGGGCCUGUUCUCAACUCGCAAGAUCUUGAACUAAUGGUGCAAUGGUGCACACACACAUAUGCCACGCUCUCUCGAAACCACGCGGUGGAAUGGAUCUGGAAAUCCGUCAUUCCCCGAAGGGCAGUCCACGAUCCCGCGCUGAUGCACGGCAUCCUCGCCCUCUCCGCACUGCACCUGGCAUUCCUCCACCCCCACCCCCAGCGCAAGGAAUACCUCGACACCGCGCAGUGGCAUCACCACAAAUCCAUCUCCGGCGUCCGCAAUAUGGAGGCCCUCAGCGAGGCCAACGCUAGCGCAGCCUACGCCCUCUCUAACAUCAUCAUAAUCUUCACCUUUGCGCUACCUCUACUCAGCGAUAGCGGCAGUGGCGGAGAAGGGCAGCCCGCAACCCCGUACGACGAAUUACUUCGAAUCUUCCACAUGAGCCGUGCCUCGCUGAGGAUCUUAGUUGCCGUCUCCGAGUGGGUGCAAGCAAGCGACCUAGCGAUCCUCGCCACGGCCGCCCCGGUCGGGCAAUCGAGCACCCAUACUCGGGCGUCCACGUUGCCCUCGCUCCUGGAUGCGGCCCUCCGAGAUAUUACCUCACUCAAUGGACGGCUGGGGGAGGAUGAUUCGCAUCAUCCCAGCGAAGUGUAUGGGCCAGUCCUCCGCCAACUCCGAGUGGCAUUUGAAAGUACCUCCAGCGAGAGUAAGGAUGGGAUCAUCACGGCGCUAUUCUGGUGGAUCUUUGGCCUCUCAUCGGAAUUCUUGAAUCUGCUGGGCGAGAGAGAUCCCUUUGCGAUGGUGAUUCUGGCCUUUUUCUGUGCGUUAAUGCACCGCCUGCGCGGGCAGUGGUGGAUGGAUAAUUGGGCGGAGAAGGUGGCGCGGGAUAUUCGUGGAUCCUUGGAUCCCUCGCUAGCGAGCUUUGUUCCUUGGGGACUCUGUCUUGAAGACCGAUCAUGA